AUGGAGCAAGACCGAGAGUUCAUCUUGAGCGUCCCUCUAAGUGCGAGGUGGCCUAAAGACAGUUGGCAAUGGUUUAAGGAACAUGAUGGGAGUUACGAGUCGCAAGCCAAGCUUUGUCAAAAGAUCUGCGAAUCAAAUGGCCAUACUCUUGCUAUGGGAGUUGGUUCCGAGUCGAGUCUUAGAGAAUCGGUUGUAUAUAAUCGUAAGGCUAAGUUCGUUAAUUUCAUACGUGACCACACAUGUAAAGUUCGAAGUACUCAUCAGGAGCUCCAAUAA